GCCGUGCCACGAGCCCGCCGCGCUGCCGCUGCGAGAGCUGCCGCGGCCCCUCGCCGAGAAGCGGCGGCUCAGGGACUCUCAGGAAGCUAAUAUAAAAUCUUUAUCUGGAUGGAAUCAGUGGAAGAGAACUAGCCAUAAAUCAUGGAGAAAAGUCCUCGAUGAAGCCAAGGACCUGUUUUCUUACCUGGAGCUUUGGCGACAUGAUAUUCACAGCAUUGAAGGGAAAUUUGGUACUGGCAUCCAGUCCUACUUUUCCUUUCUGCGUUUUCUAGUCCUGCUGAAUUUUGUGAUAUUUAUCCUGAUGUUCAGCUUUGUUACCCUUCCCAGUGUCAUCUCUAAAUAUGGAAUUUUCAACAGUAGUUUUGCCAAAAUUCCUGCAAGUGGCAUAGAGCCUCACUGCACUGUUUAUUCACCUAGUGGUAAUAAAGGCCUUGUUUACUUCUACACAUACCUCAAAGAUUUGCUCWCUGGCACUGGAUUCCUGGAAGUGACAAGUUUGUUUUAUGGUUAUUACACAAUAGAUUCUGCAUGGAUCAGUACGUUUAGGUACAACUUACCACUAGCAUACCUACUGACUACAUUUGCUUACCUUGGAUUAAGUCUCMUCUGGAUAAUAAAAAGGUCUGUGGAAGGAUUUAAACAGAACUUGGUGCAUGCUGAAGAUCAGUUUCAGAGUUACUGUAACAAAGUGUUUGCAGGCUGGGACUUCUGCAUUACAGAUCUAAGUGCAGCACGACUAAAACAUYGCAGCUUGCAAUAUGAGCUCAAGACAGAUUUGGAAGAAGAAAGACUGAAGCAAAAAAUAGCCAACAGGACGAUGAAAGACAAGCUGCGCAUCUACUCUCUGAGACUAUUUCUAAAUAUAAUUGUCCUCGCAGUUUUAUCAGGAUGUUUUUACUCUAUUUAUAGAGCAACUGCCUUUUCUCAAGAAAAUAGCUCCAGUAAUGGCAACAAUAUAAAGUUCGAAGCUAAUCUCUUGGUACAGUAUUUGCCUUCCAUCGUGAUCACAUUGGCCAACUUCAUUGCUCCUCAGAUCUUCUCAAUUUUAAUCAGACUUGAAGAUUAUUCACCAGCCUUUGAAAUCAGGCUGACACUGCUGAGGUGUGUCUUUGUGCGUCUGGCCAAUAUCGGGGUUCUCCUGUUCUCGCUGUGGAGUCAUAUCUCCAGCUGUGCCACUGACAAGUGUAAUGCUUGUGGGUACAAUUAUGAACUCUAUCCUUGUUGGGAAUCUGAAGUUGGGCAAGAAAUGUAUAAAUUGUUAAUAUUUGAUUUUAUUAUAAUUUUGGCUGUGACUCUGUUUGUAGACUUUCCUAGAAAGUUGUUAGUUACUCACUGCUCCUGUAAGCUAGUUCAGUGGUGCGGUUUGCAGGAAUUUGGAAUUUCUGAUAACGUCCUGGAAAUCAUUUAUGGACAGACUAUCUGCUGGAUUGGAACCUUUUAUUCACCACUUCUUCCAGCAAUAGCAACCAUAAAAUACUUUAUUGUCUUUUAUAUUAAAAAGAUUAGUUUGAUUCACACACGUAAGCCUUCAGCUAGGCCUUUCAGAGCAUCAAGCUCCAAUUUUUUCUUCCUGGUGGUGCUGUUGAUUGGGCUAAUCUUGGCUUUUGUCCCUGUGGGMGUCAGCAUAGCAUAUAUCCCUUCCUCUAAGGCGUGUGGGCCAUUCAGGAAUUUUAACACUUCAUGGGCAGUAGUUCCAGAUACCAUACUUGGGUUUCCAACUGAUUUGCAGAAAGUCCUUUAUGGUAUAGCAUCAGAAGCCUUUGCAGUGCCUUUUUUUAUUGUUGUCUGCAUUGUUAUGUUCUAUUUCAUUGCCUUGGCUGGAGCACACAAACGAGUUGUUGAGCAGCUGAGGGAGCAACUUGCUAUGGAAAGUCGUGACAAGAUCUUCCUGAUCAGAAAGAUAACAGAAGCCCAGAAGUAUACUUGAAAACCACAGAAAACCAGAACAACUUUACUUCCUGAAACUUCCAAAACCACUAGAUUAGAGUAGAAACAUCUACAGCACUUAAGCUGAAUAUAUGACGAGCACCCGCACCCUGCAGUCUCUAUAAUGAAUAAUUAUGUUCCUACUGCUGGUUAUGUGAGCGAGGCUUAAAGUUUCCAAGACUUGAAAUGUAACCUAUUUCUGUCGUACUAGCCCUGCCCAAAAAACGUCAAUGACAGGUUGCUUCAUUGCUGCUAGAGUUUCAGGGUUCUUGGUGUUAUAUUAAAAUCCAAUAUUUCUAUGCAUUUUGGAUAAAAUGUUCCCAGAACUGAGAUUCCAUUUAGAAGCUCCUUGAAAUGCUUUUAUAAAUUAUACUUAAGAAAGGGGAGGGGAAAUCAGAGGACUGUUUUACAUAUUUGCAACUUGCUUUUCUUUUAAAACUAAACAAGUCAGUAUCUUGAAAUUGUGCAUUGGAGGGAAAAUAUUGCAAGGGUUUUAAAUUGUUUUAAAAAUGUUUAUCUUUUAGAGAAGAUAUUUGGAGCUUUUGCUCUGAACUAACAACUGCAGUUGAACAGUAGAUAACUGACAAAACAGUUUUAGAGGAAAAAAAAAAAAGCCUUAAGCAGAUAAAAAUUGUGAAUAACUCCUGGAAGCAGCAGCAGUGGUGUGGGCAGGGAGGGGUGGACAGCCCUGCCGCACAGGCAGACAUCACCCUGACACCAGCCCCUCUGCUUAAGACCUGAGAUGUGGAUGAUGCAGAGUUUGAGUGAUUUAUAAUGCAGAAAUAAAAUGUUCAGAAAUACAAUGCUCAGAAACGUUUACAGGCCAGUACCUUUUAAAUGAUUCUUAGCUCUUAAAUGAAUGGAYGGGCUCAGGCAACAACAUUCCCAAGCAGCCUGCUCGUUUGUUUUCCUUUCUAUGAAGAUUGUGGUUCUCUUAACCUCACUUCUCCACAGAAAAUCCUUCUGUGCAUUACUUGAAAGCUGUAAURCAGUUAGUGUGUGCAACGAUGUAUGCUUUUAUGGGAUGUUUUGUAACUUUUUCUGUCUCCUUUUUCAAGAAUGUUGGCCCCAUAAUAAAUGGCCCCAUUUUAUAUA